AUGGAAGGAAGGAAGAAGCACUCUGGGACAAAUCCUCGCUCAGAAGCCCUCGCCGACAGACCGCCUCACCCACGCGCCUUCUGCGCCUGCGUGGACCCGCCCACUCCAACCGGGACCAGGGAGGGCGCGCGCCCACGCAGGCGCGCUCCCGAGGCCUCCUCCAAAGCUGAGGAGGAAAUACUUCUUACCACACGUCUGCCAAAAGCUGGAGAGACCAUACACGGCCAUAGGUUUUUCACUGGAUUUGGGGGGAAAGGUGCCAACCAGUGUGUGCAGGCUGCUCGACUUGGGGCUAAAACCUCAAUGAUCUGCAAGGUUGGGAAAGAUUCUUUUGGUAAUGAUUAUAUUGAAAACUUCAAGAAAAAUGGAAUUCCUACAGAUUUUGUAGGCCAGGUGGAGGAUGCUGCGACUGGAGCUGCUUCAAUUGUGGUCAACAGAGAAGGGCAAAACUUCAUUGUCAUUGUUGCAGGAGCAAAUUUACUUUUAAAUUCUGAUGACUUGAAGAGAGCUGCUCAUGUCAUCUCUAAAGCCAAAGUGUUGGUCUGCCAACUUGAAGUCAGCCCAGCAAUUUCUCUAGAAGCCCUGAAAAUGGCUCAUUCCAGUGGAGUGAAGACUUUGUUUAAUCCAGCUCCAGCACUUGCUGACCUAGAUCCAGAGUUUUAUACCCAUUCUGACAUCAUCUGCUGCAAUGAAAGUGAGGCAGAAAUUCUAACGGGCAUUGCAGUUGGCAAUACUGAAGAUGCUGGACGUGUGGGACUUAUCUUGUUAGAGAAAGGCUGCAAGAUCGCCAUUGUAACCUUGGGCCCAGAGGGUUGUGUCAUGGUCUCCACAAAGGCACCCAUUCCAAAACAGGUUCCUGUUCAGAAGGUCAUCGCUGUGGACACCACGGGAGCAGGUGAUAGUUUUGUGGGAGCACUGGCUUUCUACCUGGCUUACUACCCCCAUCUGCCUCUGGAGGAAAUGCUGAAGAAGAGUAACUUUAUAGCAUCUGUUAGUGUCCAAGAAACAGGAACACAGACUUCAUUCCCCUACAGAAACAACCUACCACAGGAUCUAUUCUAAAUGGCACUCCUACACUAUCAAAAUGGUGGGCACUGAUUGUUUUUUCUUAGUUCAGAUAACAUUAUUAAACAGGAUUUUAAACCAA